AUGCCGCAGUUUAGUGGGGCCGAUUUGGGCGACGACGCAAAUCUGUGGUGUACCAGGGUGGAGGAGUUAACAAAAGAUGUGCCGCAUCAGAGAUUAAGUCUCGCAACUCAUGCGCUUGUUGGUCCAGCGAAGAAGUGGUAUCAGGGAUGGGAAGCACAACCGUGUACGUGGGAAAAAUUCCGAGAAGAUUUGUGCGCAAUGUUUGUCUGUGAGAGGAAAUUACACGAUCGUCUUUUGCGUGCAUUACAAUACGCUAGUGACGGAGUAGUCAGUUAUGCUGAAUGCGCACGUACAAAACUGACGUAUUUAAAACAAACGAGGGUUUCAUUUUCUACCGCCGAAUUCAUCGAACUUAUUGUGGAGUUGAUUUGUUUUUUUUGUUUGACCAACGACGAUUUGCUAGUUUCGUCCCUGAAUUUCGCGACCGUAACUACAAUUACCGAUCCAAAUGUGCGGCAGGCGAUGUUGAACGCACGAUAUAAUACCACGACGGAUUUACUUGUGGGGAUAUCCGAGUACAAGAAGAUUCCUCGAGAAAAGGAGGAACAACACGAAGCAGAGAGAGCACGUCCUUUAUAUCGAAUGGGUUGUUACACCUGUGACACUGUGGGCCAUACGUCUAGACAGUGUACCAAGAAACCGCGGUUGGAUAGGGAACGUAGCCCUUUGAGACGGAAUUCGCCGAAACGUCACUCCCCAAAACGAAGUCCACUAAGGCGAGUUGUUACCUGCACUUAUUGUUCCAAGCGGGGACACGAGGAGGUAAACUGCUGGGCGAAAAGACGUGCAACCCGUGAGGGCCAGGUAGCGAAGAAGCCGGAUAUGAAUGACGGAAAGCACCAGAUGAAUGUCUGUUAUUCCGUCGACCAUAAAUUGACACCUGUUGUGAUACGCGAUAUUCUGGUUCGCGAUAGUUUAAUAGACAGUGGAGCAACGUGUUCUUUAAUUAAAGAACGAGUAGCCAGACGAGCUAAUUGCAAAAUAAACUCGUAUACAACAACGAUACGGGGCAUUUCGGACUCUACUGUAAAGACAGUCGGUAGUACGACUGUUGUGAUAGAAGUGGAUGGACUGUCGUUGGAGGUUGAUUUAUUUGUUGUGUCGGAUAAGUUUGUUCCAUACGAACUUAUCGUUGGAAAAAAUGUUUUGAGUUGUGGUGGGUUACGGAUGGUAACCGAUUCGGACGGGACAACAAAACUUGAACGCGUGUCGGAGAAAAAUCGGAACGGUGGAGGACCAUCCGAUCCGAUGUGCUGUGUCCUGGGGGAGGUAGCCGAGGAGGCUCGUAGCGGCUUAAGAGAACUGCUGGAACGACAUAAGGACAUGAUUGCAGUAGGGAGUAACGUUCGAUGCGUGAGUACAGGGCAAAUGAAAAUUGCUACAAAAGAGGACCGAGCGGUGAGUUACCAUCCUUAUCGUUUGUCUAUUUCGGAGCGAGAGAAGGUUCGUGAAAUAAUUUCUGAAUUAAUGACGAACGGGAUUAUUCGUGAGAAUGAUCAGUUAGAUCGUUUAGGCGAUGCCAAAUAUUUUAUCACAUUGGAUAUGGCGUCGGGUUUUUAUCAAAUUCCAAUUGCGGAAGAUUCUAUUGAAAAGACUACGUUUGUAACGCCCAACGGUCAUUACGAAUUUUUGCGAAUGCCGUUUGGUCUUGCCAAUGCACCAGCUAUUUUUCAACGAGCUAUUAAUAACGCACUAGACAAUUUGAGAAAUAGUAUAGCAUUAGUUUAUUUGGAUGACAUUUUAAUUCCGUCCAAAACUAUCGAAGAAGGAUUAGAUCGCCUGGAGCAAGUUUUACAAGCUUUAGAUACGGCGGGAUUUUCUUUGAAUAUGAAGAAAUGUUUAUUUUUCAAAACACAACUAGAAUAUCUGGGAAGAGAAAUAUCGGGGGAAGGUAUCAGACCAGGUAGUGGGAAAAUAAAAGCAUUGUUGGAGGCGCCGGUCCCAAUCAAUGUAAAACAAUUAGUCCCGUUAAAAACCUUAAGCGGUUCCGAGACUGUACAAGUUUUUAAGGAACGAUUGACACUGUUUGGUACGCCCCGUCUUAUUGUUUUUGAUAAGGGUACAAAUUUCACAUUCAAACAAUUGCAGCAGUUCAUUAUGAAACACGGUAGCGAGGAUCAUUUUAUUGCUACGGGAGCUCCACGAGCUAAUGGUCAGGCCGAGCGCUAUGUAGCGACUUACAGAAAACUUGGAUUUUCACCGAGUCGUUGGCUAUUUGGGUUAGAUCAAGGCCCUGGCACAGUGGUGCGUAUUGAAGAACAGUUACCUCCUACAGGAGAAGAAAUAGAUGUGAUUCGCGAUAGAGACGUUGCAGCCAAACGAUUAGAGGAAAAUGCCGUGAAUCAAGAUGCUAGGUUCAAUAAAACGCGUAGAAAUAAUAUUGAAUAUAAGGAAGGUGACAGUGUUCGUUAA